GUUUUGUCAAGUAAUGCAUUCCAGAGUGGACCACCUGCUGACUACAGGCAGCGAGGCCAGAGAAGCACAUUGCGGUGCCGCAUCAAGAUUGCUCAGCAUGAUGCUUAUUUGACGUUCUCAGAAAGACGGAACAUAUUCUCAUGUCUCAUCCUGAGCGUAUAAAAACCAGCUUGAACGAGGAGGGAGUCCAGCAGCAGCUCAAUCUCUCAGCUCUCAGCCCUCACCCAGCCUCAGCUCGCGAUGGCAGAUUUCAUCAUGCGCUUCACCGCCCUCGCCAGCAUCGUUCUCGCCGCUGCCUCAGCCGGCCUCGUCAACGCCGCGACCCUCGAGCAACGCCAGCUCGGCUCUUGCUCCAGCUCUUCGCUGGGUCUGCCCCUGCCCCUCUCCCAAAUCAUCGGCACUAUCCCCGGCCUCAGCAACGUCCUUGACAUUCUGGACGCCACCGGCUUGUCUGCGUUCUGGACAGAUCUGCACCACCGGGGGCAGCGUCCUCUGAGCAAGAGCAUUAAUCGUGACCGUCGAGUCAAGAGAUGCGACCGACGGGUUCUGUAGCCAGCUGACGAUGUGGAUCUUGUUGGAUUACAUUCGCG